CCAACACUUCUCCUUUGAGGAAGUGAAGAGUUCCAUCACUGGAAUGAUGGAGCGACUGGAGGAUGUAUUGAAGGAGGAAAUGGCUGAGAUACCUGGAAAAGUAAUGGCUGUCUAUGUCGUCAGCCCAAGACCAGAAUUAACUGCUGCCGCUGAAGUGCAUUUUCAUAAUGUGCCCAAGACCAGAGAGGAGUUCCUGGAGAACUACUGCCAUCUCACGUUGGAUCCCAACUCGGCAUAUCAACACCUGUGUCUGUCUGAGUUCAACAGAGAAGUGUCAUGGAGUGACAAGGCUCUGUCUUAUUCUGACCAUCCAGACAGAUUCACAGACCACUACCAGGUGUUGUGUAAAGAGGAUCUGUCUGGAACCCGCUACUGUGAGGUGGAGAGGGGGAAUGUGAGUUGUUCCUACUGGCACAAUAAGAAUAGGACCGAUAUCCCUGUCCCCUGCUCCACAAGAGUAGGAGUGUAUCUGGACAGCAGGGCAGGGAAUCUGGCCUUCUACAGCGUCUCGGAUAAAUGA